AUGGAGCAGGAUUUGAAAAGGCUGGUGGUUGAGAAAUAUGGCGGGCCCAAUCAGCCGGAGCAGCGGCUGCCAACCAUCUACAGAGUCCCUGGUGAGAUGAAAAGGAGGGACGAGGAGGGUAACAGCUAUAGCUACCUCCCAGUUGCCGUCCAGAUCGGCUUGCUAAGCUAUCCAAGGCAGCAGAGCCGCGAGGAGGACUACAGGGUCCUCGAACUGUACAAAUGGCGCUGCGUCGGUAGCCUCAUCGGGAGGCACCACCUUCUCCAAGAGCCAACCCGGACACCGGAGCUUCUGCGCCGGUGCCUGAGCGCCAUCAACGGCUUCCUGCCACGUAUCCUGGCGUCCUACAAUUUUGACGCGGAGGCGCUCGACGUCGGCCAGAGACAUGUAGUCCUGGGCAUCAUGCUGCUGGACGGGUGCUUCAUCCUCCGCCGCCUGCUCAAGUUCGCGCGCAUUGCCAGUGAAGAACAAUCAGGAGCUAAAGCUUCCUCCUCUAGUUCUCGUUCCGGCACCGGCGGGCAAGAUGACGACGAGGACCGGGCCGUGCUGUUUGGGAGGUGCUGGGUGUGGUCGUUCGUCACGUGCGACCUGCUGCUUCUGGAGAACCAGAUCCCGUUCUGUGUCGUCCAGAAGCUGUUCCAUCAGCUCCGGACGGACGCCGACGACACCAGCGACGUCCUCGUCGCUGGUGCCCUGCGGCUAUUCGGCUCCCUCCGACCACGCAAGCUCUACUCCUCGCCCAUCUCCUGCCGCGAUGUGCAUGUGCACCACCUCCUGCACCUCUUCUACCUCUCCGUCGGCUUCCCACCACCACCGGACGCCGCCGCGGCGCCGGACGACGACCCUAGCGAGCACUUGGUGCCGCCGUCUGAGCUCCCGCAGUGGAUACCAUGCGCCAGGGAGCUGGAGGAGGCCGGCGUCACGUUCCGGCCCAGGAAGGAUGCGACGAGCUUCCUCGACGUCAGGUUCGCCGGCCACGGCGGCGUCCUGGAGAUCCCGGAGCUGCAGCUGUACGACUACAGCGAGCCGCUCUUCCGCAACCUCAUCGCCUUCGAGCAGACCUACCCCUACACGCGCGGCCACGUCACCGCCUACGCCGUCUUCAUGGACUGCCUCGUCACCUCGCCGGAGGACAUGAGGCUGCUGCACCUCAGCGGCGUGCUGGUGAACCACAUGAACCGCGACCGGGACCCCACGGGGUUCUUCAGCCGGCUCUGCAGCGAGGCCCACCUGGCUGCCGACCGUAACUACCUCGCCGGCGUGAUCGGUGAGGUGAAUCGGUACCGGCGGUCCAGGUGGCCGCGGUGGCGCGCCGCCCUGGUGCGCAACUACUUCAGCAACCCAUGGGUGGCCACGUCCCUUGCCGCAGCAGUGAUCCUGCUCGCACUCACCAUGAUGCAGAGCUUCUUUGCGGCUUAUGCAUACUUCAAGCCACCUAAGCAGUAAUAACUGGUACAACACAUAUAUUUUGUGGAAAAACAUAAAUAAAUGAGCUAGUUUCAUUCUGUAUUGUGUUGUUGACUUGUUGUAACUUGUGAUUGUUUUGUGUGGCAGCAUAUAUAUACUUCAAAGUGCUUGAUGCGUUUGGUGCUAA